CCCCUUCUCUGACUCCUACUGAUUCAUUCAAUUGCAUCAGACGUAUACACAGAGUCACAGAGAGAAGAGAGAUCCUUCUUCGUUUGAUGCUCUUCUUCUUCUUCUAGAUUCUUCUCCAGGAGCACUAUCAAAUCGAGUAAAAUAAACAAUGGUUAAUCCAGAGGAGAACAAUCGUAAUCUCGUUGUCAAACCCAUUACAGAGAUUCUUCAAGAUGAUGAUAAGAGAAGCAGAAAAUUCGGUGUAGAGAUGAAGAGACAGAACAGGAGAGCAUUGGGUGUGAUUAAUCACAAUCUCGUUGGUGCAAAAGCUUAUCCUUGUGUUGUUAACAAGAGAAGAGGCUUAUCUCAGAGAAAACAAGAAAGCUGUGACAAGAAGAAGCUUGAUUCAUUGCAUCCGUCAAUUUCAAGAUCUCAGGAAGAGACUAAGAAGCUGAAACCAAGUGGAAACGAGUUUGGUGAUUGCAUAUUCAUUGAUGAAGAAGAGGAGAAGAAUGAAGAAGUUACAUUGGACCAACCUAUGCCAAUGUCAUUGGAGGAACCAUACAUUGAAUUUGAUCCAAUGGAGGAAGAAGUUGAGAUGGAGGAUAUGGAAGAAGAACAAGAAGAACCAGUUUUGGAUAUAGACGAAUACGAUGCAAACAACUCUCUUGCAGCUGUUGAAUACGUCCAAGAUCUUUACGAUUUCUACCGUAAAACCGAGAGAUUUAGCUGUGUUCCUCUAGAUUACAUGGCGCAACAGUUUGAUAUAUCUGACAAAAUGAGAGCAAUACUUAUUGACUGGCUCAUCGAGGUACAUGAUAAGUUUGAGCUGAUGAACGAGACAUUGUUUCUAACAGUCAAUCUGAUAGAUAGAUUCUUGUCCAAGCAAGCUGUUGCAAGAAAGAAGCUUCAGCUUGUUGGUUUAGUUGCAUUGCUCUUAGCUUGCAAGUACGAAGAGGUUUCAGUACCUAUUGUUGAAGAUUUGGUAGUCAUUUCGGACAAAGCUUAUACGAGGACCGAUGUUUUAGAAAUGGAGAAGAUUAUGCUUAGUACUUUGCAAUUCAAUAUGUCGUUACCAACGCAAUACCCUUUCUUGAAGAGGUUCCUCAAGGCAGCUCAAUCAGACAAGAAGCUUGAGAUCUUGGCGUCGUUCUUGAUUGAGCUUGCUCUUGUGGACUACGAAAUGGUUCGGUAUCCACCAUCGUUACUCGCCGCCACUGCCGUGUACACAGCUCAAUGUACAAUCCAUGGCUUCAGUGAAUGGAACAGCACUUGUGAAUUCCAUUGUCACUACUCUGAGAAUCAACUCCUGUAAGUCUCUUUUACCCAUUAGCACCUAUAAAGACUCAUCUUUGUAACUAAUAUGGGUUUGUUUUACAGAGAAUGUUGUAGAAGAAUGGUGAGACUACAUCAGAAAGCUGGGACUGAUAAACUAACAGGAGUACAUAGAAAAUACAGCUCCUCCAAAUUCGGAUACAUAGCAACAAAGUAUGAAGCUGCACACUUUCUUGUGUCAGAUUCUCACUAAAGAGUGGAAAAUAGUAGUUUGUGUAUAGCUCGCUGCUAACAUUUUCCCUCUCAAUUUUUAAUUACAAACGAAAUAAGUUCAAAACAUUCCUCUGAUUUGAUCUGUAACAAGUCUUUCUUUUAUUGAUAUCUCAGCAAUAAAAUUCUCUUAUACCAAUCAUAUUUUUUGUCAAUAGUUACAGAUUCAUAGAAUAUGUAUGAUAUAAGGAUGAGAGUUUUGAUUUGAACUCUUUUUC